AUGCCAAAGUGGUUGACGGCAGAAUACAACGACUUGCUGAACAAGCCGGUCUUCACGACCAUGCUCAUUAUGCGAUCCAAACACCAGCAGGUACAGGCCGUACCUACACCAACAGCCGAGGCUUUCGAGAAGGAUGCCCGAGCAGUCCUGCUUGUUACCAGGCCGAAAUCAGCACGAGAGAACCACUUGGAGGUCCACUUGGACGAUGUCCUCUUCGCGGAUGACACAACGGUUUUUACAACAUUGGGGCACUUCAGAGAGGACGAGGAGCACCUACGACAGGUAAUGGCCACUUGGGGAGAAGAUCUACAUGCAGACAAAACAGAACGACUACCACUGGGCAUUUCACCAGCAGAAGCCGCACGCAUCAGCAACACACCUGAACAAUCCUUCCAGAGACAAGCCAAGUUCCUUGGAGCCUGGAUUACCACCGAUGCAUCACAACGCAUCGACACAGAAAAGCGUCUACAACGAGCCAAACACAUUUGGUACAAACUAUGGCCACAACUUCGACGUAUCAACAUUCCCGCAACUACAAAAGGCCGACUCUUCAGAUCAACAGUUUUGGCAUCACUUUGCUACAGUGCAGAAGGACGCGGAUUCACUCAAGGAGAAAUUCGCCGUAUGCAGGCAGAACAGAAAGCAGCAGCAAAAGCCCAAAGCGCAGCAGCCACAGCAGACUUCCGCCGCAACGAUCAAGGCCUUAUUCUUUGCCCCCAUUGCAAUGAACCAUUUGCAGCCAAUCGCAUAUGGCAACAUACUCACAGUUGUGCAGUCUUGCCCCCAGAGCGCAGAAUCCUUGCGAAAGCAGAACGUGAACGCCGUCAACGUCGUCUUCAAGCACAACGAGCUCCCCUAGCGGAACAACUGAACCCCAGACCGCCAGACCCACAACCACAGGCCAACCCGCGGCUGAACCGUGCAAUGCGUGCGGGAGGACUGGACGGAGCAUCCGCACCUCUUGCUCGCGUACCAGCCGCGCCGGCGCAGCGGCGCCGACUGGAGAACGGCGCUCGGGUCGGAAUGUUGGAGGCUGGGUGGCGCGCGUGCGUUCCUGCGCCCCUCACCGAGUCCGCUCAACUCAGCCGCGAGCUCGGCGCGGAGAUGUACGUUCUGCCUUGGAAGGCCCUGGCCCGCAAGCCGGGCCUGCUACGCCGGUUCGGGGACGGCGCGCAGCCUGCGGCUUUGCAGGCGCUCUUCGUCAAGGAGUUGGCGAUUGGGCAGGAAAUCCACCAAGACCACCACACCGAAUUGGUGUCAGUGACCUGCCCACAUGGUGGCACCGAGAGGAUAACCCAGCACCUGUCGUUCGAGGAGUUCAUGCACAAGCAGCCAGAGCGCGAGAACUUGACGCACAAGCACCUGCAGCAAGAGCCAAAUACACUGAAAGACUGGCGCAAGACCCGAAUCACCAAGUGCCAGCAGCAGUUCUCGCUGCUUCUUGCUACAACUCUGAGACCGACCGCCGCUGUGGUUUUUGCCGAUGCCGAAAAUCCAAAUGAUGCACAAGGGCUUUGCUACAGACACCAGAACUUUAUGGACCCAAGCCUUCACGUCAUACACCACCACCACCACCCCAGCUAUUUUGGCUCAAACACGCCCCGGCUGCACCACCACUUGACAGCCAUGGCAGCGCUCCAACAAGCCAUGGCAGUGAUCAACCAGGAACGAGCAGCCAAAGCACAACGCACAGGCAAGGGCAAAAGCAAAGGCCCACCUCACACAGCACCGGCACAACCUAGCCAAGCCGCAGCAGCAGCCACACCACCGGACAACACACUGGUGCAGAACCUUGCCAGACUGACACUGCAGCAACAACCAAUGCUUCGCACGGCCUUCGAUGCCAAUUCCAUUACGUUUCUUCUUCAACCGGAGGAAACGAAAACACAGCUGAACGAUUUGGUUACCACCUGGCUUGCAGACCUACAAGGGCACAAGGAUACUCCGGGAUACCAGCCUUUCAACUGCCCAAAACCGGUGUUGAUCUUACAGUUCAUGUGCAUGCAGCAAGCAAAGCCAGCUACAGCAGACGCAGCAAGCCAACCCUGGGCCAUCCUUAGCAAAUGCCUAGCCACGGCACCGGAGGAACUAGCCCCUCAGCUUACCGACUUCCGUGCCAAGUAUCGAGCACCGAAAGAAAACAGGAAAUGGGUUUGGCAGAUGACAAUAGCAAGCACAGCAGAGCUUUUCGGGCAGAAGUCCGCACAAUGCUGA